UUGAGUCUUAAUAUUUAAUGUUCUUUUUUAAUCUUCAUGUUAAUUUUCUUACUUAUUAACUAUUAAAUUUUUUGAAUAGUUUUUGAUAAGGCUGUUAAGAUACAUUCUUAUAUCAGUCAAAGGGUAUUGUUGUUGAAUAUGAUGAGGAGAUACACAAAGCAAAGAAACUUGGUAAAACCUGCUAAGACAAGAUUCGCAACAGUUUUUUUGACAUUGCAUAGUUUUUAUAUGCAAAAGAAAAAUCUGAGAACCUUGUUUAUGUUCACUGAAUGGAAUGAAAGUGUCUAUGCAAAGGAAACUCUUGGGAAAGCAAUUGCGAGACACAUCAUUAGUCCAUAUUUUUGGAAUGACACUGUUCAAGCACUUAGAGUUGGUGGUCCUUUAGUUAAUGUACUUCGUAUGGUGGAUGGGGAGAAAAAACCACCAAUGGGCUACAUUUAUGAAGCUAUGGAUAGGGCAAAAGAAAGUAUUGAAAAGACAUUCAAUUAUGAUGAAAGGAAAUAUAUGAAUGUUUUCAAAAUCAUUGAUGCAAGGUGGACGGAUCAACUUCAUCAACAUUUACAUGCAGCUGGACAUAUUUUGAACCCGGGGCUCUAUUAUAAAAAUAAUGAGAUGAAGACUUUAACUGAAGAAGUGUGGUUAGGAUAUCAUGCAUGUGUUGAGAGGAUGAUCCUAGAUAAAACUUUGCAAGACAAAAUAGGGGAUGAGCUUGGUGUGUACAUGAAAGCUGAUGGGCUACUUGGAAUUGAGUUGGCCAUUAGAGUUAGAACCUUAAGGUCACCAGUUGAAUGGUGGAUGCAAUAUGGUCAUAAUGUCCCAAACUUGCAACAAUUUGCUAUUAGAGUGCAAAGUUUAACUUGUAGCUCAUCCGGUUGCGAGAGAAAUUGGAGCGUGUAUGAACAUAUUCAUACUAAAAAGAGAAACAAGCUUGAGUUAAAACGCCUGAAUGAUCUAGUGUUCAUCAAAUAUAAUAGAAUAUUGGUGCAUCGCUACAAUGCUCGCAAUACCAUUGAUCCAAUUUUGUUGGAUAAUAUUGAUGAUGUAAAUGAAUGGUUAACUGGAGCACCCCAAAAUCAUGAAGAUGAAGAAGUAUAUGAAGGAGAAGGUCUCACUUAUGGUGAUGUUGCUACGACUAGUGGUGUGGAGGAGAAUAUUUAUGGUUUUAGGGGGAGGACUUUAAGGGGCAAGGAAAAAAGAGUAGCUACAGGUUCAAGUUCAUGUUCAAAUAGAAGUAGAACUCUUGUUGAUGAGUCCUCCGAUGAGGAAGAAGAUGAGGACCAAGUAGAAGUAGAACCCUUGUUGAUGGCACUUCAAGAGUUUGAGGAUCUUGUUGAAGAAUAGGAUUUUGCUCUCUUUGUGAUUUGGUUAUGCAUUUGCUUUAUAUGUUGUUACUUAUGAGGAUUAUUGACUAUCUAGUUACUUUUUAAUCUAAGUCUUUUGAGUUCUUGAUUAUUUAUCUAUGCAUAUUUUAUAUUUUAUAUUUUUAUACUAAAUAGCGCUUUUUCUGAAAAAAGCAUGCGCUUCGCUUCACGCUUCUCACUUCUGUGAGCGAGCCCCCGUCGCUUUUUUCGGCUUCUCGCUUCUCAAAACACUGAUUCAUGUUUUGAAUAAUUCAAAAAGUUCAUAUCCUUAGCCAUUUCAUCCUACUUAUUACAAUUCAUUCAUUGAAUUUCUUACCAAGAAGUAUACCAAACUAGUGCUUAAGAUUAAGAAACAAUACCACUGCUUACUGUUUUCUAAUGGUAUCAAACUAGCUUUCUAUCCAACAGAUGCCAUGAUCAUAAUAACAUAUUUCCUCUCAGUGUUCAGGAAAGCGGACACUUCAUCACUUAAAGCGAUGAAGCGAAGUGAUGCGAGCCAGUCAUGCUUCGCAGACUAGAAGCGAUGGAGGUGAAGAGAAACGGUCACUUCGAAGGCUGAAGUGCUAAAGCGUGACGAUGCGCGAAGCAAAGGAAGCAAUGCUUAACUUUUUUAAGUCUUAAAAGUACGAUCAAACGGGAAAAAAAGAGUCGCGGCCUUUUAUUUCAAGAGACCUAGUUUAGCUUGACUAUUGAUCUGCUUCUUCUCUAGGAUUUUCACACAUCUAGAGUUUUUAAUUUGAAUUUUGCUUAUAUAUAUUGUCUUUAUUUAUUUUUGUCCUUUUCCUUUUAACUUAUGCUUCACUUCAAUGAAGCGAGCGCUUCGCUUCAUGCAUGAAUCGGGGCCUUAUUACUUUUUUCUGCUUCAUGCUUCCCUGAACACUGUUUCCUCUAUCUCUUUAACCCUUAUUUUUCUUAACUUACAAUCCCAAUUCUAUAAUCAUAGAAUCUACGAAUUUAAAUCUUUAAACUAAGUUUAGAAAAUUUAAAUCAUUAAGGACGAGCAUGAAAAAGUAUUGGUAGAGAAGUCCCUCAUUAAACAGAGAUGGCAGUUGUACUUCCAAAAUUCUUGAAUGAAGAAGGGGAUAGAGAGAUUGUGUUGGGAGAUUUGGAAUAUACAAGGAGGCUUCACGAUGUUGGGUGUUGCAGGAGUAUUACGGUCGAAGAGGUUAAGGGUGUUGUGCGUAGGAUGCGCGGUGGGAGAGCGACCGGACGAGAUUCCUAGAGAAUUUUGGAAGAGUGUGAGCUCGUUAGGUUUGGAGUGACUGACUAGGUUAUUUAAUGUCAUCUUUAAGAUGGCAACGAUGCCCGAAGAAUGGAGGUCGAGCGUAAUGAUCCCGCUAUACCAAAACAAGGGGGAUAUCCAGAGCUGCAAUAACUAUAGAGGUAUCAAGCUUCUAAGCCAUACUAUGAAAGUGUGGGAAAGAGUGGUGGAGAUGAGGGUUAGGAGAGACGUGUCUAUUUCAGAGAACCAGUUCGGAUUUAUGCUGGGAUGCUCAACUACAGAAGCCAUCCAUCUUAUGAAGAGAUUGGUGGAGUAAUAUAGGGAGAGAAAGAGGGACUUGCAUAUAGUAUUCAUCGAUCUAGAAAAGGCUUACGAUAAAGUUCCACGAGAGAUACUAUGGAGAUAUUUGGAGGCUAAAGAUAUACCUGUGACGUACAUUAGGGUGAUCAAGGACAUGUAUGAGGGUGCCAAAACCAGGGUAAGGACAGUAAGAGGAGACUCAGAGUACUUCCCAAUUGCGAUGGGGUUGCAUCAAGGAUCAGCCCUUAGUCCGUUUUUAUUUGCCUUGGUGAUGGAUGUAUUGAUGCGACAAAUUCAAGGUGAGGUGCCAUGGUGUGUGCUUUUCGCGGACGACAUAGUCCUGAUCGAUGAGACUCGUAGUGGAGUUAACGCUAAGCUGGAGGAUUGGCGACAUACCUUGGAGACUAGAGGGCUUAAGCUGAGUAGGACCAAGACAGAGUACUUAGAGUGCAAGUUCAGUGAGACACCUCAGGAGGUUGGCGCGGAAGUUAGGCUUGGUGACCAGGUCAUCCAAAAGAAAAGUAGUUUCAAGUACCUUGGGUCUAUCAUGCAAAGCAGCGGGAAAAUUGACGAGGAUGUCACACAUCGUAUUGGGGCAGAAUGGAUGAAAUGGAGGCUCACUUCCGGUGUGCUAUGUGACAAGAAGGUGCCACCACAACUUAAGGGCAAGUUUUACAAAGUGGUGGUUAGACUAGCUAUGUUAUAUGAGGCAGAUUGUUGGUCAGUUAAGGUCUCUCACGUUCAAAAGAUGAAAGUAACCAAGAUGAGGAUGUUGAGAUGGAUGUGUGGGCAUACCAAGAGUUACAAGAUUAGAAAUUAGGCUAUUCAGGACAAGAUAGGAGUGGCCUUGGUGGAAGACAAAAUGCGGGAAAUGCGACUGAGAUGGUUUGGGCAUGUGAAGAGGAGAGACAUAGAUGCCCCAGUGCGGAGGUGUGAAAGGUUGGCCAUGGAUGGUUUUAGAAGAGGUAGGGGUAGGUCGAAGAAAUAUUGGGGAGAGGUGAUUAGACAGGACAUGACGCAGUUACAGAUUAACGAGGACAUGACCUUAGAUAGGAGGGUGUGGAGGACCCAUAUCAGGGUAGAAAGCUAGUACAUAGUCUCGUUAUUGUUCCGUAUUAGUAGGCGCAUUAGUGCACUAUAAUUUUUUGUGCUCUGACUUCUGUUAUUAUCUCUCUUUACUUUCUGUACUUUUGAUUACUCUAUUCUACUUUACUCUACCCGACUUUAUCUGUGUCGUUUUCGUUAUUUGCGUUAUUCGUUAUUUACUUUCCCAUAUCGCUUUGAACUUCUUAGCCUGAUCUGACCUCUUUUUAUGCUACUUUUGAGCUGAGGGUCUCUCGAAAACAGCCGUCCUACCUUGGUAGGAGUAAGGUCUGCGUACACUUUACCCUCCCUAGACCCCACGCUGUGGGAUUGCACUGGGUUGUUGUUGUUGUAAGUUCAGAAAAUUUACCUUCCUCUUCUACUUUUCCUCUUAAAAUAUUUGGCAAAGCUUUGAUUGUUUUUUCCUUCGCUGCUUCACUGGAAAAUGAGGCAGAGCUUCACGUUACUUCUUCUUCUUUAUUUUUUUCAAUUACUGAAACAUAGGCCUGUAACCCCAAAUGCCUUCUUACUCUUUUCUUUUCUUGUUGCAAGUUGCAGCCCUUUGCUGCUUUGGGCUUUUAGCCCAAUCUUUUUUUCUCUCUCAAAUGCAUAUUGGUUUGAAAAAAUGACUUGCCUCUUCUUUUUUUUUUAAAGAAAAAAGUCUAAUGACUUAUUGUCAUUUAGUAUAGGGUAUUACACUUUAUUAGACAAUUCAAUUUAAAGUACGCUGUGAUAGCAUUUGAUGAAAUAACUGUAUACACUAAUUCACAUUUUCUGUACCAAUAUCAAUUUAGCAUACAUGUUAUAGUGAAUUGUUAACCUCCAUGACAUACACAAUUUUUCUAAGUCAUGCAUAAGGAGCAUAUUGCACAGCCAGUCAUUAGGGGUAAUCAUUUUGAGCCUUAGACAUAUUGGUGUUAUUCAAGGUAAUAUUAAGAAACUCAUCUGAAAUGAUGGUUUUAGAGGAAGAAAAGGAGAUUUGUUAUUUGAUCAGUAUCCUUUAAAAUGAGCUUAUUUUAAAUGUAUUCAAAAUUUUCAAUAGCAGGUCUUUUCCCAUAUAUGCAAGGUAAGGCUGCGUACAAUAGACCCUUGUGGUCGGGCCCUUCCCCAGACCUUGCGCAUAGCGGGAGAUUUAGUGCACCGGGUUGCCCUUUCUAUGAGGCAAUCUGUAUUCAAUAUGCCAUUACAGUGUCGGUCUGAGUAUGAUAUUUUGUGACUGAAUGCAUAAUCAUGGCCAAAAAAGCAGAUUUAAUUGCUCCAUAAUCUUUCCCCUGCCUCGAGGUUAUGGCAUUUCAUCUUAGCUGAACAAUAUUCCAUAAUUCAUAUGAUUUUUUGCCUCCUCUAUUGGCUGCAUCAGUUCGGUACUUUGGGUUAAGAAUGUCAUCAGCUGACAGUUUAAAAACCUAAAAAACACUUCUCAGCUUGGAUUUUGUAGAGAUCAACUAUUCAAAUAUUUUGCUUUUGAUAAUCAUGGUCAAUUGUCAGAGGUCUGAUCAGUUCAGGCUCUAACUCUAAAAUUAUGCAGUAUAACCUCUUGCUCACGUAUUCUUGGAAAGAAAAAAGCUAGAUCUGUUGAUUAUCGAUGUUAAGAUAACCUGCCUAAUUUCCAUGGAUUGUUCAUUUUG